AUGCACUCACCUCCUAGAGACCAGGCUGCCAUCAUGCUCUGGAAGCUCGUGGAGAAUGUCAAGUACGAAGAUAUCUAUGAGGACCGGCACGAUGGCGUCCCGAGCCACAGCUCCCGGCUCUCCCAGCUGGGCUCGGUGUCCCAAGGACCCUACUCGAGCGCCCCGCCGCUGUCCCACACCCCGUCGUCGGACUUCCAGCCGCCCUACUUCCCGCCCCCCUACCAGCCGCUCCCUUACCACCAGAGCCAGGACCCCUACUCCCACGUCAACGAUCCCUACUCCCUGAAUCCACUGCACCAGCCCCAACAGCACCCUUGGGGGCAACGGCAGCGACAAGAAGUGGGUUCGGAAGCCGGCUCGCUCCUGCCCCAGCCUCGGGCCGCCUUGCCCCAACUCUCGGGCCUUGACCCCCGGAGGGACUACCACUCAGUCCGCCGGCCGGACGUGCUGCUGCAUUCGGCGCACCACGGCCUGGACGCGGGCAUGGGUGACAGCCUCUCGUUGCACGGCCUCGGCCAUCCCGGCAUGGAAGACGUCCAGUCAGUUGAAGAUGCCAAUAACAGCGGCAUGAAUCUAUUGGACCAAUCUGUCAUUAAAAAAGUUCCGGUUCCUCCCAAAUCUGUGACUUCUCUAAUGAUGAAUAAAGAUGGCUUCUUGGGAGGCAUGUCCGUCAACACCGGAGAGGUGUUUUGCUCGGUCCCAGGCCGCUUGUCUCUGCUCAGUUCAACUUCAAAGUACAAAGUAACUGUUGGAGAAGUUCAGAGACGGCUCUCGCCCCCCGAAUGCCUCAAUGCGUCUCUCCUCGGUGGCGUCCUCAGAAGAGCCAAAUCGAAAAAUGGGGGGAGAUCUUUGCGAGAAAGGCUAGAAAAAAUCGGUUUGAAUUUACCCGCGGGCAGGCGCAAAGCAGCAAAUGUCACGUUACUCACCUCCCUGGUGGAAGGAGAAGCUGUUCACUUAGCUCGAGAUUUUGGGUACAUCUGUGAAACAGAGUUUCCUGCCAAAGCUGUUUCGGAGUAUUUGAACCGGCAGCACACGGACCCCAGCGACCUGCACUCCCGAAAGAAUAUGCUGCUGGCCACCAAGCAACUUUGUAAAGAAUUUACAGAUCUGCUGGCGCAGGACCGGACACCGAUCGGGAACAGCCGGCCCAGCCCCAUCCUGGAGCCGGGGAUUCAGAGCUGCCUCACGCACUUCAGCCUCAUCACGCACGGCUUCGGCGCCCCGGCCAUUUGCGCCGCGCUCACGGCCCUGCAGAACUAUCUCACCGAGGCGCUCAAAGGCAUGGACAAGAUGUUCUUGAACACCACCACCACUAACAGGCACACGUCUGGGGAAGGCCCAGGUAGUAAAACUGGCGACAAGGAGGAGAAACACAGGAAAUGA